UGCUGGGCAAGGCAGGACAGACCGUCGCCCUCACACCUUAAUUUGGUCACGGAUCCAUCCAUGCAGUAUGCACGUCAGAACAGUGUGUGCGCGGAAGCGCCCUGGACCUCUAACAACACCACAACACAACACGACACAACACGACACAACACGACACAACACAACACGACACAACCAACCAACCUCGGCUACCCAACCAGCCACAGGCCACCCAAAUCCGUAGACACAAACCACACACCCAACCUGUCACCGGCAAUGCAUGCAGCGAGUGCUCUACAUGGCCGGCCCACAUGCGUGUUUGGCAGCAGGCGCCAUAUCGCCUGCCACCGGCCUUUGCUCGAGCGACAGACACACGACAGCUGUCGCACAGACGCCGCUUGACCCACGCCUCACACAACACUCAACCAGCAUGCACAGUACCGACGGCCGAGAGCAUGCGGUCUAAUGCACCAGUCAUUGGGAGCCGCCAUUAGGUGCAGGAGCAGGCCCGGGAGCAGCAGCAGGAGGCUUGUCGGUGCUGGGCUUGGUGCGCUGCUCCCUGAUCUCCUGGUCCAUUUGCAGCAAGCUGAGCAGCUGAUUCAGCAGAUUCUCGCGGUCCCUGCACGCAUGGAACACCCACCCAACGACAGCAGUCAGCCAUUUCCUCAAUCGGCCGCCCGCUCUUCUCCCUCACCUCUGUCUGAGCGACUCGAUGAAUCUUUCGAGCAGCGGUUUGUUGAGGACACACGACCGCAUCAGGAGGUCAAAGGUGUCGUGCAGCGGACUGCCAAGACCACACAGAGAGAGAGAGGAAGAAGCAGCAGCAGGGCGUGAGUGUCGAAAGGGGUGUGUGUGUGUGUGUGUGUUGGUCACCUCUGACGUGGUGAGUGGAUGUAUUCUGGGACCAGCUUCGUCUCCAGAAUCCUCUCAUCCACCUCACAGGCAGCAUCCGGCUUCACUCGGAGAACAUACUGCACACAAAUAGCCAACAAGCCAGCCACAUGUGUCGUCGCCAUGCCCAUUGUGUGUCGCAUGAAAGGCCUUACCGUGAGUGUCUUGCCGACGUUCUGCACCAUCUCCUGUGUCGGUGCCAGCUUGGGCUGCAGCCACUUCAUCAAACACUUGACAGCCGUCGCUGCCUCGCCAUCUCGCUUCUCGAGCGUCAGCUGACAGCACACAAGCAGGUGUGUUCUCUGUGGCCAUGUGGGAAUGUUUAUCUGUCUGUCUGUCAUACCGCGAAUCCGUCUGUGUCGGCACAUGACGCCAGGAGCCGGGCCGCCGCCUCUCGCUCAGUGCGGUACUUGGCGUCGGUGAGCUUCUCGUCGAUGUAGCUGCGCACUGGCUGGGCGGGCGGGAAGGGCAGGCCGAGCAGCAUCCGGAAGUUGCCCGUCUCGCCGAUGAAGAGCGACACGAAGCCGUCACUCUCAGCCAAAGCAGCCACAAGACGCAGCGCAGGCAGGCCCUGAACACACCAAACCACACACAUAUCAACGUGUGUUGCUCUUCUGUGAUUUCAUUGCACGUGUGGCGCCUACGAUGGGCAAUGGGGCGUGCAGCAGGCAGAGGAGGGUCAUGAGGUCGUUGGAGCCCUCGGUGCUGACGCGGAAGUUCUUGGCCACUUUCCUCAGUGCCGCCCGGCCAGCCAGCUCAAUCAGGGGAGCCUUCUUGUCGGUGGAGCCUUCGAAGGUCGAGAACUCAUCCGUCACACUCGCAAGCACCUGAUGGGCGCAACAAACACGGCAUGUAGGUAGGGGGACAGGUGGCGUGUGGUCGCCCCUCUCGCUUCUCACCUCGAGGAUCCUGGCGAUGUGGAAUCCGUCAUUGGGGGCCAUUCUGGGGAUGUCGAAGAACGUCAUCUUGGGACCAUCCUUGUCGCCCGGCUGGCCCUUUUCAUCACCACCAGCACCACCCUCUGGCUUCGACUCUGUCCCUCCCUCUCCCUCUCCCUCCCCCUCUCCGUCAGUCACGGCCUUCCCAGUCGCCAUAUCGACGAGGUCUCGUUCAACGAUGAAUGAGAUGAGCUGCUCGCACUUGCUGAGCUUGUGGGCCACCACAUCGCUGAGAGCGGGAAUGUCCGCCAGCAGCCGACCGCCGCAGCUCCGACGACGAGAGGGGCACUUGGCGCUCCACUCGAGCAGCUUCAGGCCAUGGGACACCUGAGGGGCCACACAUGACGGCAUAAACAGUGAAAAGAUACAUGACUUCGUGUAUGGAGCCAUUCCCGCUCACCGUGUCGUCGUCACGAGACUCGGCGAACCCGACGCCGCAGCCGACCAUCAUGCGCAGCACGAACUGUGCCAGUGAUGGCGAGAGGUCGCCCUCAUGGAGGUCAAAUGACUUGCAGAGGACGUCGGUGAGGUCACGGAUCUCACUCUGGAGCGACCUGAAGUCCUCCUUGGACGAUGACGCAACCUCCACCUGCACACAAACAUCAACCCAAUCAUGUGAUCGAACCGAACACCGUCCGUGUGUUUGCUCUUGUCUGCUUACAUCGGCAGGUUUGUCAGCCGCGGCGAUCUCCGAGAGGGAUACGAGCACCUUGCUGGCCUUGGGGUGCUUCUUUAAGCACUCGAGGAUCAGCUCGGAGCCGGGGCCCUCAGUCUUGCUCUUGCUGGCCGUCUCGGUCUGAAACAGCUGCACCAGCAGGGCAAUCGCAGCCUUCAACAGAUACCUGAUCACCAGAACAACAAGCACCACAGAUGAGUGGACGGCAGUCUUGGCCUCUGCUCGCCUUUCCGUCUGACCCGUCAGACGUGCUGCUGAUGACAUCGACGACCUGCUGCACCACACCAGCACGGAUGAGCUGCAGGGCGUUGGGCAGGUUGGCCUUGCAGGCCCGCUCCAGGCAGCAGAGGACUGACGGCCGGCAGCCCUCGAGACCACGGGUGCUGAGGGCCUUGCUGAGGUCGGGCAGCCGCCCUCGGGCGCGGAGCAACGCCUGGAUCUCCUGCAGCUUCUCUCGAUCGUCUGUGCGCAGCACCCGUUGCAGAUCCUUCAGCUUGGCCUGCUCGCGCACGGCAACAGCAUAUACACAGAGAGAGGUGGCAACACACGUGGCAUGGCGUCUUGUGUGGUGGGUCGCACGUGUAUGAUGGUGAGCCUCCGCCUCCUGGCGGGGUCAUCGGGCGUGUUUGCCUGGCCGUCGACCACCUCCCUCAACGCAGUAUCCAACUCCUAAUCCGAUCCACGGACGGGACGAAAGCACACAUUCACAUGUUAUCUGUCACAUGGGUACACACGCUCUGCACUUCACUCAUCCAUGCUUACCUCAACGACCUCGCUGGCUUCCACGAGGCGCUUUGGAGCGGCCUUCUGCGUCUUUGAUUCCUCGUCCUCCCUCGCCCCCUCUGCCUUAUGUGGUGGUGCCUCGUCGCUGGUCUCGGCCUCCUCGGGCGGGAUGUCCGCCUUGGCACGUGGCUGCAGCUUGAGAAGCGCCUCGGUCUCCUGCUUGAGGGUCAGGGCCUCGCUGUUGUCGGGGUGGUGCUUCAACAACUGCUGCAAAGACGACACGGCCACCUCGUACCUAAGCGACAGACAGACAGAUGACAGGGGCAUGACGGCCCACUUAAGAUGGCCAUGUCUGUGUCUUUGUCGGCGAAUUCUCACCUUUCGAGUUUCUCAGCUGCCUUUGCUUUUCGCAGGAGGCUCUUCUCGUGCUGCGGGUCGAUGUCCAGUGCGCGCGAUGCAUCGGAGAGCGCCUCCUCCCACUGACGCUGCUUCAGAUACAACUGGGACCUGAGACAGCGACAAACAAAGUGCAUCCGUGUAUGUAGCUGCCUGUACGUGGGUCGGUGUGGGUGUCUGCCCCGCCGGCCCACCCACCUGUUGGAGUAGAGAACGACCCGCAUCUCGUCACUCAGCGGGUCCAGUUGCAGCGCCUGCAGCCAGGCACAUCAUCCCAUAUGUACGUGAUUUGUGCCAUUGACCCAUAUGCUAUCUGCCGUCGUCCCCCUUUUCCCCCACCUGGGUAUAUUUCUCCUCUGCCUGGUCGUACCGCUGUUUCUUCAUGGCCUCGUUGCCCUCUUGCUUCAGCUCUGCCGCACGGUCCUCACACCGGAUGUACCUGCACUGGGGCAUCGGUUUCCUGCCCUCGAAUGCCUGCCAUCGGGGCAGCAGCGGGAUGGACUUGUCCUCAGUCUGGUAGCCGUACAGCGGUCUCGGAGGCCUCAACUCGCCAAGCACCCACCCGACAUUCUGACCAUGGCAUCGUCAGCCACGGAAAAAGCGCUUCACAUGGCGUCCCUGAUAGCUGCAUGGUCCCUGUGUGUGGCUCACCUGUCUUGCAAUCAUGACGUCGCCGUGCUCAGUGUGGAUGUAGCUCGGACAGUCCCCCACCAUGUGCUCGGAGCGGACAUAGCGGCCGUUGGCGUGAGGCUCACCAGCGCCAAACACCUGUAUGGCAACGGAGGGGAAUCAACCACGCCACGCUGUAUCUGCUGUGUAUGUCGGCUGUGCAGACGCACCUGGUAUCCCCACAUGUGCUCGUUGGGCCGCUUGGCGUCUGCUGCCUCGAGAGCCUUGCGCUCCGCCAACUGCACCAGACGCACCCCAUGUAAUCGACGUUCAGGACAGGCAGCCAACACUCACUCAAGAGCGCGUCGUUGGCUGACUGACUGACCUUUUGCUUGUUGGUAUGUUCCUGGAUCUGUUGCACGACGGACGAGAUGUCUUUGGGGUCUGUCACGGUGACGUUCUUGGCCUUGACGCCGCCCACGUCGACGUCGGUCACGACAGACCCCUUCGGAUCCUUCCGCUCAUCCCCCAGCUCGUCCCUGCAGCCAGCCAUACACAGAGCAAACGAGGGCAGGCAGGCAAAUGGCAGCGGUAUUCCAGCUGCAGGUCCAUCCCCUGUGUGACACCGUCCGUCCUCACCUGCACAU